AUGUCUGCCACCGCUCCUAGCAGUGAUAGUGCUGCUACUCCUACCGUUCAGAACGGCUUGCAGCAGCAAACAAAGAGGCUAAGAUAUAUCGAUAUCGGCAUCAACCUGGGCGACCCUAUAUUCCGUGGGGUGUACCACGGCAAGCAGGCGCAUGAGGAUGAUUUUGAAGGCGUAAUGGAGCGUGCGCUCGCGGCAGGCUGCGAGAAGAUGAUGGUGACAGGAUCUGACUUGAAGGAAUCAGAGCACGCGGUUCAGAUCGCGAAGGAACAUCCCGGCCUCUGCUACGCCACCGUCGGCGUUCACCCCUGUUCGGCAAAGCAAUUUGACAGCUUUCCCGGCGGUCCGGACGCGAUGCUCGCGGCACUGAGGACACUAGCAAAGGAAGCCGCGGCGGCGGGCCACGCGGUGGCCUUUGGCGAGAUCGGGCUCGACUACGACCGGCUGUUCCUGACGCCCAAGGAGCAGCAGCUCAAGUACUUCGAGGCGCAGCUGGACCUCGCCGUCGAGCUGCACCUGCCGCUCUUCCUGCACAGCCGCGCCGCGGCCGACGACUUCGAGCGGCUGCUGAAGGAGCGCCUGCCGCGCCUGCCCAAGGGCGGGCUCGUGCACUCGUUCACGGGCACGCGCGAGGAGAUGAGGCGGCUGGUCGACCUGGGCCUGGACAUUGGCGUCAACGGCUGCAGCUUGAAGACGGAGGAGAAUGUCGAGGUCGUCAGGGAGAUUCCGCUGGAGCGCCUGCAGAUCGAGACGGACGGCCCGUGGUGCGAGAUGCGGCCGAGCCACGCCAGCGCCAAGUUCUUGAAGGAGGGCCCUGUGCCCGAGAUUCCGAAGGCGGUUAAGAAGGAGAGGUGGGCGAAGGGCUGCAUGGUCAAAGGGAGGAACGAGCCUGCGACUAUUCCGCUCGUGGCGCAUGUCAUUGCGAGGAUCAAGGGGAUCGACGUGGAGGAGGUGUGCGAGGCAGCUUGGAACAACUCGAUCAGAAUGUUUGGGUUGGGAGAGAAGGUCGAGUGA